CACAUCUUUGUCGACGGAGCCAAAUGUGCAAAUGGCACCGGGUACGGAAUUUUCAUAAAUUGGAGACUUGACCAAAAAACACCGCCCCUUGAAUUGUCGGGCGUUUGUGGUAUACAUUCCACCUCUAAAGAGUCAGAAUAUGAAGCCAUAAAAGUUGCACUGAAAGUGAUUCAUGAAUCUUUCUCAAAUAAUGCAAUCAUACCAUACAAUUGUGUUAUCUUCACAGACUGUCAAAGUUUCCUAAAGAACCUACUAUCAAAUCUGCCAGUACCAAAACUGACUAAAAUUAAUAGUUUCAUUAGGAAAAUAACCACUACCUUCAACAUCCAACUCAUCUUCCAAUGGAUCCCUGCCCAUUCAAAUAAUGAAGUGCAUAAUAAAGUACACAACAUGGCAAAGGAUAGUGCACACACACACCCAAAACAGGAUGACAGAAAAGUAUCUCUUGAAGCGGCAAAGGCCAUUAUAAAAGCC